GAAACUAAAGGCACAUUAAAACAGUUGGGCAGAGUACCAGACUGAGAGAAACAAACUUUGAUUUUUGCUUAGUUUGGACUGAUAAAUCACAUUGAAUAUAUGUGCAGGACAAAAUCCUGCCUCAGCCAUCAUGUCAGCAUCUUUGCAAAAUGAAACAGAGGAUAAAAGAGGACCUGUAGAUCAUCGACAUGAGGCCUAUGACUUUUCAUUCUUCCAGGAGAUGGUCGCCUACAGAGAUGCUGGUAUUCUAACAGACUUCACCAUCACCCUGAACUCACAACACUUUAAUGUGCAUGCCGUUGUUUUGGCAGCUGUCAGCUCCGUAGUGCUGGAUCUGGUGCUUCAAGGAUGCCAAUACUUGGCACUGGAUGGAAAACUUAACAAGCUUGGAGUAAAUGAGAUUUUGAGAUUUGCAUAUUGUGAAAAAGUAGAACUGAGUGAACAAAAUUUGGAUGAAAUUAGAAAGGCUGCAUCAGCUCUGGGUGUCAGUCAGCUACUGGAAUUAUGCCACGAGUAUGAGCAAACAAGAGUAAAAAAGGAGGAAGAACAAACAUCGAUGAGGGAACAAAGAAGAAGCAACUUAGAGGCCAUUCAGAACUUGAAGAAUAAUCAGAUUGCCUGUGAUUUACUAUUGGAAGUGGAUGGAGAUACAUUUAAUGUACAUAGGGUGGUGCUGGCUGCUGGCAGUGAUUACUUCCGUGGGAUGUUUACCAGCGGUAUGAAAGAAGUAACUCAGGACACUGUCAAGGUCCUUUCACUUACUUCGGAGGACCUCUCUAGCCUGAUCACCUUCAUUUACUCCGGAUAUCUACAACUCACCUGGGACAACAUAUUUGAGCUGACAGUUGCCUCGAUGCAAAUACAAGUUGUCUGCGCCAUCUCUCUCUGCUUUGAUUUCCUCCACAAAGAAAUCACUGCUGAUUCUUGUUUGGAUGUUGUAGCAUUUGCAGAAGCUUAUGAAAUGAUGGAGCUGAAAGAGUUCUCAGAUGAUUUUGUUUUGAGGAAUUUCCAGGAAGUCAGCUCCACACUCAAAUUUCAAGAUCUUUCUUUUGAUCGUUUGUCACACUACCUAGCCCAAGAUGGUCUUUGUGCUUCAAAUGAACUUGAAGUCUUCCAUGCUGUUGUCAGAUGGAUACGUGCAGACAAAAGUAGACGAAUGCCACUUGCUGAAGAGCUAAUGAAAUUUGUUCGCUUCCCUCUUAUGACAUUUAGACAGUUUAAGGAGGUCCGUGCCGUAAACCUCAUGCUGCAGGAUGAAGGGUGUAAAGAUCUCUAUGGCACAGCUCUUCUAGAGUUUGGAUGGACAUCUAGAGGAACCGAACACUACAAUAGAGUGAGACAGCCUAACCAGGUUAUUGUAUUGGUUGGUGGAGAUCAGAUUUCUCCAGAUUUUGGCACAAGAGUGCCCAGUAAGGAUUUAUGGUUUGCCAAUAGUGUCAGGAGUGGAACAGGCCUGGUAAAGCAAAUUGAGUGGCGUCACUUAGCCACCAUGCCUGAUCCUGCCAGGUUUAGGCAUGGGGUUGCAGUUCUGGAGAACAAUUUAUAUUUGUUUGGAGGAAGCCACUUCUAUGGAAGAUGUGACACACUGAAAUCUGUUUUCCGGUAUGACCCUUACCAAAAUAGCUGGCAACAGCUUGCUGAUAUGAACCAACCACGUAACUACUGUUCGACUGUGAUUCUAAAUGGGCUUAUCUAUGUGUUAGGUGGAGACAUAGACACGGAUCACAACCUGGAUACUGUGGAAUGUUACAACCUAACCACAAACACCUGGAGGUUUUCACACCCUUUGGAUCAAGCACAGAGUGGACACGCUUCCGUUGUAUGGAAUGAUAAAAUUUAUACAUCAGGUGGAUUCAACUGUAAAUACAAAUGCUUGGUCUGCAUGUUUCAGUAUGACCCAGAAAAGGGUACAACCUACCUCGCUGAUAUGCAGAAGGACCGCGCAGAACAUGUGAUGGAGCUGCUAGGGGACAAGAUGUAUGUAGCUGGCGGAGUCUGCAAUCUUCGAGAAUUUUAUACCGAUCAGUGUACUUGUGAGGUAUUCUGUCCUCAGACAAACGCCUGGAGUCUGUUUUCAGAGCUUCUCAAACCACAUGUCAAUGCUGCCUCUGGUGUUUUGGAGCAGAAACUCUACAUCAUGGGAGGUUACUGCCAGGAGGACUACAGUGAGUCCUGUUUGGCUCAUCGCUAUGACCCCAGGCUGGACAAGUGGGAGUCAGUGGGAAGACUGCCUGGCCCAAGCAAUGACAUCAGGGCGUGUGUGCUCUCUGUACCUCGACAUCUUCGACAAUGACUCACAGAUACUUGUGUUUUCAUAAUCAUGGAAAAAUUAAAUAAUUUCUUUUUUAUGCAAUAAUCAUUUAACAUUUUGUGUAUACAAUAAA